UAGUAAAAUGUCGGCAUUCGCUCCGUGUAUUUGUUGCUACUCGCGGUAGUAGCUUCUACCCAAGGAGCCAAUAUUCUGGGACUCUUCAGCAGCCACAGUCAAUCCCAUCUGAUCAUCCAUAUGUCGGUGGCCAAGACACUGGCCGAGGCUGGACACAAUGUGACAGUGGUGGCCAUGAUGCAACCAAAAGUGAUGCACAAGGACAUCCAUCUGAUAGUGGUUCCGGUGACGGAGGAGCAGGAGCGCAUAUUGGAUGAACAACUGACCACCAUGGUGGGUCAAAAGAACUCUAUAAUAAGUACUGUGAGCAGACUCCUCAGCGGAAUGGAUGUGAUGGUAAAAGCCCAGGCUGACCUUCUCUCCCACCCAAGUUUCCAGCGUAUCUACGAGACCAAGUUCGAUCUAAUGAUCAUGGGUUACUUCCUCAAUGACUUCCAGUUGGGAGUUGCAAAUAAGUUGAAGGUUCCGGUCAUCAUUGACUGGAUGUCUCGGGCCAUUCCCCUAAUUGACGAUUUUAGGAAUCCCUCAGAACUGUCUUAUGUUCCCAACUUAGCCACCUUUGCCACGCAACCCAAGUUUAUUAAAGGAGCUGAGAAUCUGGGUAAACAAUUGGCUAUUAGAUACCUGGGUAUAAUAUUUGAUGCAAAACUUAAUCGUAUUUAUAAUGGCAUUUUUGGAGAAGAACAACAGUUACCGACUAUAAGUCAGCUAAGAAAAAAUAUAUCCAUGGUCUUCGUCAACAGUCACAUGAUUAGUGAAGGACCCAUUCGACCCAUGGUGCCAGGACUGGUCGAGAUCGGCGGGAUACAAGUGAAGGACAAAGCGGAUCCCUUGCCCAAGGAUAUUGAUGAGUUUUUGACCCAGUCUUCCCAAGGAGCUGUUCUCCUAUCCCUCGGUUCCAAUGUCAAGGGCUCUACAGUUAAACCAGAAAUUGUUCAGACCAUUUUUAAAGUACUUUCUGGCUUGAAACAGAACGUGAUCUGGAAGUGGGAGGAUUUGGAAAAUACACCUGGAAACGCCCCGAAUAUUCUCUACAAGAAGUGGCUACCCCAAGACGAUAUCCUGGCCCAUCCUAACACCAAGAUCUUUAUCACACAUGCCGGAAAGGGAGGCAACGAGUCUCAGUACCACGGAGUGCCAAUGGUGGCUCUUCCCAUUUUUGCGGAUCAACCAGGAAACGCCGAGGUCAUGCAAAACGCAGGAUAUGUAUCCCUUGACCUGCUCACGAUUACUGAGCAGAGCCUUGGAGAUGCACUAAAAGAAGUCCGAAACGAGAAGUACUCUCAAGCUGUGGGGAAGUUCUCCUCGCUCUACAGGGAUCGACCGAUGACCGCUAAGCAAUCUGUUCUUUACUGGACGGAGUACAUCCUGAGACAUCAUGGAGCUCCACAUAUUCAGAGUCCUGCAGUGCAUAUGAACUUUGUUGAACUUUACAACCUGGAUCUUUACUGUCUGCUAUUGUCAAUCCUUAUCCUGAUAUUGUUCAUUAUUCGUCUUUUUGUGAAAGCUGUUUGGAGUAAAUUAAAGAGCAAGAAGAACAUUCUAAGAAACUAAAGAAACAUUAAAUUUGUAAUGAUAUUCAUAAGCAUUUUUAUAAAACAC